AUGUCGUGGGCGGCAAAGAAGGCCAAGUCCGCCGCCUUGUCGGCUCAGCGAUUUGAAAAGUACACUGUUCAACCUACGGGUAUCUGGGGUCGCAUCAACAAGCUUCUCGCUGUAGAUCCGAAGCGUUCUACAGGUGUUCCUCUCAAUCCACAGUUCCGAAACCCGCCACCAGGCUCCAACGACCCGCUUGCAUACGAUGAUCCAGUUACCGUACCCGCAGCAGAUAUCGCAGAUAACCCUUACUGGAAACGUGACACCCGCCGCUCAUACCCGCGACUGAGCAGUGUGUCUCAGGCAGAUGUUGUUGCCUUGUUGACUGUGGGUAGCAAGGCCGCUCCUAGAGAUGACGUUCUACAAUUGGGCGACUCUGGGAAGAAGCAAUUAGUUGAGGUGAAGGAGAAGGGUAAAGACGGUGGAAUUGCAGUGUUAUUGGCAAAGGAGACGGCAUUGGGCAAGGGUGUAUUGGGAGAGGGCGGACUGCCACCUCGGCCGCCAACUACGCUUGGAGCGAAGCCAUAUAAGCUUACCCAGGAGCAGAGCUAUGACGGAGAGGAGCGUGUUGUGACGCGCCUUUGGCUCGCCAGCUGUGGACAUCUGACGUGUAACGACCACUUGGAAGGUGGCGGUGUGCCCUUCCAUUCGCAGAGCGAAAAGCCUAGCGCGCCUUGUCCCGUCUGUGUCCGUGACAAAUGCGACAAGACGUCCCGACUUCUCUUCGGGAUCGUCGGCGAUCAAGAAGAUAAGCAUGACAAAGAUAUCCCACAAGAAUACUUUCGCAUACCGCCUUUCGAUCUCUCAGGAGAUGGAAACUCUGCCAGUGCUAUACGUUUCCAGUAUCUUUCGCUCAUUCGUUUUGGUGGUUCAAUGGCAAAGCGAUAUAAUCAAGCUAAACGAGCCGCGAGCGCGGCAGAAAGUCAUGCAAGUAAUUUGGCAAAAGCAUUGGAGCAAACGAGAAUGGAGGCUGUCCAGCUCAAGGCACAAGUUGAUCACUUGAAGAUCACCGAGAAGAAGUAUGCCAAAUAUAAGGAACGUGAGCCUGAGAUCAGGCAUUAUCUCGGAAAUUGGGCGGCGCUAGCAAGGUAG